AUGGCUCCAACAAGAAAGUGUCGUAUUUGUCAGGAUGAAAAGAACGAGGAGGAUCUGCAAGAGCUCAACUGCCAGCACGUCUUCUGCUCAAUGUGCAUGACCGUCUACCAGGGCAGUCUGUGUCCGGUGCGGUUUUGCGAAGGCACCCGUUCCACCGAUGUGAUCGUCGACGAGAUGGAGGGCAAGCACGGAUCGCAGCAGAUCUUGUUCGGAUCCACCUCGACGCUCUUCAAGAUUGAUAUGGGAGAAAAGUUGAAGUCAGUUUGACGGAUGGACGCUCUGAGAUUCUAAGAUACUUUACAGAUGCGAAGCGAUGAACAAGGGUCACAAGUGCGUGAACAUCGCCCGAAUGGUUCUCACCCACUGCCGUCACCGUCUCUGCUACGAUUGUCUUUUUGUCCGAGUUCAGUUCGCUCUCGAAAAAAGUACAAUAUCAAUGUUCCCUUUCCUUCUUGAAUAUAAUUAACUUUAGAAUUUCCGCCGCGAUGUGCCAUCAGCAGAUGCUCCAACUCUCUUUCAUGGUCGGAAAUCCAAGCGAUGGCGGCCCAUUCGAAUCAGUUCCAGCGCAUCUACGAACUCGCACUCAAGCAGCCGAUCAUGUUCAAUUUGCCGUGCGAGAAGCGUCCGACAGAGAGCGAGGUGCUCAUCGAAUGUUUUCUGUAUUCGAGCGAAAACAACAUGAAGACGAUCGUGCUUCCGAAGGCGGCGAUCAUCGUCGACGCGGUGAACGCGGUCGUUCAACUGCUGCGCAUCUCGAGUACGAUGUCACUUUCGUCUCUGGAUGUUUAUGUGCGGAAGACGUGCACCGAGAAGAAGGGCAAGUUCAAGUACGAGAGGGUGCAGACGGACGCCAAACACUCGAUCAGAGACGCCGCAUGGGCCGACAAGACCACGUUGGUCAUCGAUCCGGAGAAGCAGAUCUCACGUCAUCGACGAUAA